UUUUCUAAAUUCCAAGAUGUACAAGUACAAGCUAAAGCACAGCUCCUUCGAGAAAAGAAAGCAUGAAUGUGAUAAGAUUAGAGAGAAGUUUCCUGACAGAAUCCCAGUCAUAUGCGAAAGAAGCUCUACCUCUAAAUUACCAGAAUUAGACAAGGAAAAGUUCCUCGUUCCAAGUGACCUCUGUGCCUACCAGUUCAAUUUUAUAAUCAGAAAGAGGAUCAGUCUACCAGAGAAUGACUCUUUGUACUUCUUUGUCAACGGAAAAUAUUUGCUGAAAGCAGACACUGAACUCGCUCAAGUGUAUGAAGAGAGAAAAGAUAGCGACGGAUUCCUAUACAUCACUUAUACUGAAGAAACCACUUUGGGAUAGAUUAAUGGCUUGAAUGUGAUUGCAUACU